GGGCCCAACUCAGAAUUAAACUUGUUGCAACUUGUGCACUAGUGCCACUAGAGAUCACUGCUUUCUUUCAAUUUCCCAAAACUCAGGGUGCCCAAUUACUCCAAAAUCAGACUCUUUAUUCCUUUCGUCUUGCUGUUGACAGCCACAAAGCCAAUCAGAGUCUCUAGUUUUCCAAGUUUUAGCAUCUCAACCUUUUUUAUUUUAAGCCCAUUUUUAACUCCAGUGCUAGAAUAUACUCACAAUGAGGCAUGCUCAUAUUUUACCACUAGCAUUGUCCUUAUUUUUCCUUACUUUGUUUCUUCCCACCCAAGCUAGGUACCAUUUCCAUAAAAAACACAAACACUCGAACUAUCAUAAUGCACCUGAAAUUUCACCUUCUCCUUCUCCAUUUUCUGGACCUUCUAGCAGCCCCCCCGAUGAAGCUCCUUCUCCUAGCCCCUCUGUUGAUGAGAACUACCACAACGCAUCUAAUAACUUCUUUGAUGUUCGAGCAUUUGGAGCCAUCGGAGAUGGAGUAACUGAUGCUACAGAGUCAUUCAAGAUGGCAUGGGACACUGCUUGCCAAAGUGAAUCACCUGUUAAAGUUAUCCUUGUUCCCCAAGGUCUCUCCUUCGUCAUUCAAUCUGCUAUCUUCACUGGUCCUUGUAAAGGUGGCUUAGUACUUAAGGUUGAUGGCACUCUUAUGCCACCUGAUGGACCUGACUCUUGGCCAAACAACACCAGUAGGCGUCAAUGGCUUGUCUUUUAUAGAAUCAAUGGGUUGUCACUUGAAGGAAGUGGUUUAAUAGAUGGUAGAGGAGCAAAAUGGUGGGACCUCCCUUGCAAGCCUCAUAAGGGACCCCAUGGGACAACAUCUCCAGGACCUUGCGACAGCCCUGUUGCCAUAAGGUUUUUCAUGAGUUCCAACUUGAGUGUACAAGGACUUAAAAUCAAGAACAGCCCCCAGUUCCACUUCAGAUUCGAUGGCUGCGAAAGCGUCCACGUGGAAUCAAUCUACAUAACAGCUCCAGCACUCAGCCCCAACACUGAUGGAAUACACAUAGAAAAUACCAAUGACGUCAAAAUAUAUAAUUCGGUCAUUUCCAAUGGUGAUGACUGCGUGUCCAUUGGAGCCGGUUGCCAUGAUGUUGAUAUAAAGAACAUAACAUGUGGACCUGGUCAUGGUAUAAGCAUUGGUAGUCUGGGAAAUCACAACUCCAGAGCCUGUGUUUCAAACAUUACGGUGAGGGACUCGGUUAUAAAAGUGUCAGAUAAUGGGGUUAGGAUCAAGACGUGGCAGGGUGGAUCAGGAUCAGUAUCAGGGGUGACAUUUAGUAAUAUUCAUAUGGAAAGUGUUAGAAACCCAAUGAUAAUUGAUCAGUUUUACUGCCUGAGUAAGGAUUGCUCGAACAAGAGCUCUGCAGUGUUUGUAUCGAAUAUAUCUUACACAAACAUAAAGGGAACAUAUGAUAUAAGGCACCCUCCUAUGCAUUUUGCUUGCAGUGACUCUGUCCCAUGCACCAACUUGACCCUCUCAGAUAUUGAGCUUCUUCCAGCUGAGGGAGACAUGGUGCUUGAUCCUUACUGCUGGAGUGCCUAUGGAAGCUCUGAGACACUAACCAUUCCCCCAGUCUCUUGCUUGCUUGAAGGCCUUCCCCAGUCCAUUUCGGGAAAUGACGUAGACCAUUGCUGACCCACAAAAUUCUGGGUUUAAAGCAAAAUUUGUGUGUAUGUAUUUGUAUAAUUAGUAGGGAAGUAAUUAAGGAAAAUAGUUAUGAUCUUGAGUUUUAUGUUGUGAUUAUUGCUGAGGAGUUGUGUUUUUUAUGCUCCUCUCCAAUUGUUAACCAUAUAUAUCUUUCAUAGUUAUGUCAGGUUUGUAAUGCAAGUUUGGCUUCAAGUUUGUCAUCGUAAUGGACCAUGGCUUUAUAAA